AUGUCUAAUAUGCUUGAUUGUGGGCAUGAAUCUGCUGGUCAGGUCUUCCGCGCCGUACCUUGUGGACACACACUUUGUUCAGCAUGUUCCGAUAUCGCUCUCGGAACAAACACGACCCCAACUCAGACACGUUAUGCCGUUUUGGUAUCUGAGGAUGAUGAGGACAAGGAAGACAGAGUGACCACGGACUCGGAUCGAAGCUCGGACGCGUUCGAGCAUGAGUCUUGGGCAGCAAGCACGUCGGAACCUAUACCCGGUGCACCAAACGCCACGUCCUAUGUAGCAAACAGCACGAAUCGCAAGUCGAUAUUCCCAAGCUGGCCAAGCCCGGGCCCUUGUGUCCCAAGUACGUCGGCCUUGGUGCCCCUCCUCCAACGGUCCUUGUCCCCACCACGCAAAGGACGAAGCGCGCUCGGCCAAGCUGUGCAGAGUCUUUCGCCCGUUUUGCCGACGCUGGCUCCGGCACGGUUGUCACCGGCGCGAACGCGGGCGAGGACGUUGGGCCAGGUUUCGCCCAGGCGAACUUUGACGAGCGCAGCGACGAGAACUUCAACGGCGACUUGUUUUGUCCGGACUUGGGCAGAGUCUAUCCAGGCUUUACCGGCGAGUCCGACGGAACAAGAAUGGGAUGGACGUUCUCCCUCUCAGGCCCCUUCUGGACAGGCGUUCCCACCCACCCAGCCGUCUCCUCUCCGACACUCGUUUUCUCCUCUUGAUUUGGACAUUUACGAGGGAUCCGGGUCGGGUGGGUCGUUGUCCCGACGGACGUGUGCGUCCGAGCCACAGUCGCAGGAUAGGGUUUCGUCGCGGCAAACACCAUUAUCUCUGUGUUCGAUCCAGCGCUGGAGAAUCCUCUCGUCGAAGGGUUUAGAUGGAGACUAUCACUCGUCGACGAGCGCCGGUUCCAGUGGAUGCGGGAAUACUGGUUCGGGCGAAACUUUUGAAGGAUAUGCGGAUGAUGAAGAGGAGGAUGAUGGGGAUGAAGAUGGGGAAGUGGACGAAGCGAGCGAUGGACAAGCAAGCGAGGACCAAGAGGACGACGAUGGUGGGAGCCAAGGUUGGACAUCCAAAAGGCCUGAAGACCCGCCGCAAACGCCGCACGCGACUCCAGUGCGGAUCUCAUGGAGCGGGAGUCCGGUGUAUACGGUUCCGGGCGAGGACGCACAUGUGCGCACACCAGGCACGAGCCCGGACGGUGGAAACGGAUCCGGAGCGGUGUCGCACAAACGUCGGCUGUCCGAGGGAGAGGUCCAAGCAUGGGGCAGAGCGAUACCGGGUAUUAAUGGCAACGAUUUGAUUAUGGCGACGGUCGAGAGGGGCGGGUAUAUGUUUGUUUGUGCGCCACUCGAGUUGAUGAAAGCAAGGAUGGGUCCAUUGGUUGGCGUCAACUCGACCACAGUGCAGCUGCAGGAUCCGGACACUGCCUCUGAUCAUUCUCUCCCAACCACCACCGAACAAUUACAACUGCCACGAGGCCUGACUAUCAAGUGCGUGGUGGUGGGCGACGGAGCUGUGGGCAAGACCUGUCUGCUUAUCUCGUACACGACCAACAAAUUCCCCAGCGAAUAUGUGCCCACUGUGUUUGACAACUAUGCCGUCACUGUCAUGAUCGGCGACGACCCAUAUACACUCGGCCUCUUUGAUACUGCUGGACAGGAAGACUAUGACCGUCUACGGCCGCUGAGCUAUCCACAGACAGAUGUAUUCCUUGUUUGUUUCAGUGUCACGUCCCCUGCCUCGUUUGAGAACGUCAAGGAGAAGUGGUUCCCCGAGGUCCACCACCAUUGUCCCGGUGUUCCCUGUCUCAUCGUCGGCACACAGGUCGACCUCCGAGACGAUCCUGCCGUCAUCGAGAAACUCUCUCGCCAGAAGCAGCGUCCCGUCCCUCUCGAGGCCGGCGAGCGUCUCGCACGUGAACUCGGCGCAGUCAAAUACGUAGAGUGCUCUGCCCUCACCCAAAAGGGCCUCAAAAAUGUAUUUGACGAGGCAAUCGUGGCAGCCCUGGAGCCACCCGUCGUGAAGAAAAAGAACAAAUGCGUCAUUGUUUGA